UGGCCCCCAAAAAAACAUUUGUGUACCAUUUUCAAGAAGUCCAAAAAAACAAAAAAAGUGGUGGCAGUGUGUGUGUGGGGGAUCAGCCUAAGAUCUGGUGAUUUUUCUGUGUAGAUCUGUUUCUUGAAAAAAAAGAAGAAGCAAAUUUGAGAGAAAAAUAAACAAAGAUGAAUAUAUUUAGGCUUGCUGGGGAUAUGACACAUUUGGCUAGUGUUCUUGUUUUGCUUCUCAAGAUCCAUACUAUUAAAUCUUGUGCUGGUAUAUCUCUGAAGACUCAAGAGCUAUAUGCUCUUGUCUUUGUUACUCGCUACUUGGACAUAUUUACAGAAUUUAUUUCACUAUACAAUACUACAAUGAAGUUGGUUUUCCUGGGAAGCUCUUUGUCAAUUGUUUGGUACAUGAGGCAUCACAAAAUUGUUCGCAGAUCUUAUGACAAAGACCAAGAUACUUUCCGUCAUGUUCUCCUUGUGGUUCCUUGCCUGAUAUUGGCCCUUGUUAUACAUGAGAAGUUUACCUUCAAGGAGGUAAUGUGGACCUUCUCCAUAUUCUUGGAAGCUGUUGCCAUCCUUCCUCAGCUCGUCUUAUUGCAGAGAACAAGAAAUAUAGACAACUUGACUGGACAAUACAUUUUACUCUUGGGUGCAUAUCGGUCACUUUACAUCUUGAACUGGGUAUACCGCUACUUCACGGAACCGCACUUUGUACAUUGGAUAACCUGGAUUGCAGGCCUUGUGCAGACGUUGCUCUACGCUGAUUUCUUCUAUUACUACUUCCAAAGCUGGAAGAAUAACACCAAGCUUGAACUUCCUGCCUGAGAUCAUAUCGAAGAAAACAGAAGCUGGUCGGGAACACUCUGAAGAUGAUCCGAUGAACGUUUAUAGGUCUUUUGUGCUUGGGUUAUUUUCUGCCCUGUCUACCCGUCUGGAUGUUUAAUGAACUAAAAACAUCCUUCUUUUGUUGGCUAUAAUUAGGUAGAGUAAGAAAACCUGAUACAAAUCAUAUUUAGAGUCUUGUUUUCAUCAAGAAUCAUGUCUUUGCUAGAUUUUAAAGCAUAUUCUUUAUGUAACAGGAAAACUUUGUGACUUCAUUUUUGUUGUACUAGAGAUUGUUUCUUGGACUUUAUUGUGCUUGGAGCAAGCACAUUCUUAUUAGUUCAAGAAAAAGAGAAAAUUUUCACUA